AUGGCUGAAGGUUUGCAGAAAAGAUUUCAGACCGAGGUUGACAAAUUCCGAGAAUUGCAGAAGGAAAUAGACAAACUUCUUCGGUCCAGGCAACAGCUUGAAGCACAGCUUACAGAAAAUAACAUAGUGAAAGAGGAACUGGAACGACUGGAACCGCCCAUUAAAGUGUUUAAAUUGAUUGGACCUGCCUUGGUAAGGCAAGAAGUUGCAGAAGCAGUACAGACCGUGUCCAAACGCAUUGAUUUCAUAACUGGAGAAAUGAAAAGAGUGGAAGGACUUCUGCAUGACUACGAAUCAAAACAGGAAGCUUUGAAGGAAACGCUAAGUAAAUUGCAGCAGCAGUUCCAGCAAGCGCAGGUGAAGGCUGCGAUAAAGGCGUGA